GUUUUUGGACAUGUCUACGUCAGUUUUUAUUAAAUUAUGAAACUUAUUGUUCUUUUAAUGGCAAUGACAAUGAUUUUUCGGUUGACCAGUGCCGAAGACGAUGGUGAGGUUGGAAGGGAGAAAUUCACUAAAGCGUGUAUUGAUGAAAGAGAUUGCGAUAAUAGUGAAAUUAACAGUAAGCAGAAAAGUCUAAACAUCGCACAAAACGCCGCCAUGGAGGCUAAAGCCGCCCAGCAAGCUCAAGGCGUUGCCGCCGAGCAAGCCGCGCACCAAGUCAAACUGCAAUUGGCCGAGAAAGCCGAAGAAGCAGCAAAAACGGCGGAGGCCGCCUACUUGGGAAAGCAAAGUAUUGUGGACGAGAUUGAGCACGAGCUUAAGGAGGCUAAGGUGGUGGCGCAGGAGGAAACUACAAAUUUUCAUGAGGAAAAAAAGACAUUGGUCGCGGCAACUAAAGCUGCGCAGGCUGCCCAGGCCGAAUUAAAAUUGUUACAACAGGCUCUUAAGAUAGCUCAGAGUAAUGUGCAGAAUGCGGAGCAGGCGGCUAAAGGAGCCGAGAUUGAGGUUACCCAAAAGGAGAAGUUAAUCGCGGCCGCCAAAUCCAGAGUCAAUGAGCUUGAAAAUCAGUUAAAAGCGGCACAGGAGGAUCUAAUUGGAACUAAGCAAGCUGCAGAAAAAGCUAUUGCGGCGGCGAAAGAGGCGAAACAGGGUGCGGAACGUGCGAAGAGAAGAAUACAAUUUCGAGGAAGAUAAAUUGGUUUAACGUGUACGCUGAUGUUACUAUUGUCUGUAUUAUUUUGUAUAUCUUAUAGUAGGCUUAUACAAUAAGGAAAUAUAAGUGAAUUCAGUUAAAAUCAAGUUUCAAACCGGCUGGCCGAAAACAGGUAUUCUUAUAAUUGCUAAUGCACAAGUAGCAUUAGCAU